AAUCAAACGAAUCCUAAGAGUUUCCUGUGCGGCGUGAAGUAACAAAACUAAGAUAAGCUCGCGCUUGACCACCGUUCCUCAUUUUUGCCACUAAUAAUUCAGGAGUCAGGACAAGAGAGAGCACAGUGUAGCUUCUGGCUGCCGGUAUCGGGCUCCGCCUUGAUUUUUUACCGGUGCCCAUCCCUCAACCGACAACAUUACUCUCAACAGCCAGAUUUCCCUCUGGCUGCUUUUGCAAUAAAGCCCAUCCCGAGCUCGCAACUUCUUGUGUCAAAUUACGUAUUUGGCUUCCUGGUGUUCAACAAUAUCAUUGUUAAUCCGUUCUUGUUGGCAGGUUUUGCAUGUAAUGUACUUGUGUAGCUUCCUAAUUGGAUUAUGAACUGAUCACCUCCAAUUCUACCUGAAUAAUAUGGGCAGACAAAAUGCUUUCCUGUCUAAGGCCGUCGUCAUCAUCCAUAACAACCAGAAAUACCCAAUUUUCACAGUCAAGCAUGGACGGGAUUUCAGCUGCAAACACACCAAGGUCAAGUGACCAAGCCACUCCUUCCUCUGUCAACCUCACCCUAGAAUAUACCCUUGCCAUUCAAACCACUUCCUAUUGUGAAAUAUGGUCCAAGAUUCACUACAAAGUCUCAUCAUACCAUGAUGAUGAAGAGGAGGAACCACCACAAGUAGAUAUACAAGAGAUCCUUAAACCAAGUCAUGAAUGUGUCAAAGAUGCACUUUCCCAUAUUAGACCCAAUGACACCUUAAGCCAAUUUGUCAUCAACUACUUUGACCAUAGUGAACAAACGUUUCGGUUCUGUCUUUUCCUUGCACAGUGCAUCAAUCGCGCUCACCGCUUAUAUUCCCCUCUUCAUAAGCUCAUUGAUCUAUUUUCCAUAGAUCUGGAAAGCCUUACAAACUCUGCUCAUAGUAACAAGGUUGAGCCUAACUUAUCCCAAGCCCAAUGUGAGUGGGUAUUUGAUGCCUUCCAUGAGUUCGAGAAACUAGACAAUCCCUUCCCGGGCCCAGACUCCCAUAGCUUCAGCAAUAUGCAUAGCUCCUUCACUCAACUUAAGCAAUAUCUUGAUGUUCACCUGCAAAAGUCGCGCUCUAAGGUGCAACUUAUCCGUGGUGCCACCAAGGGCACUGCCAUAUGCUUAAUUGUAACUACUUUUGGGGUAGUCAUAACUGCCGUUUUUAUAGCUGCUCACGCUCUGAUUGCCUUGGUUGCUGCCCCAGUAUGCCCUCUUCUUAUCCCUUCCAAGAUGACUAAGGAAGAAAUGGUCCAUCUAGUACAACUCGAUGAUGCAGCAAAGGGUUUGUUUGUCCUUCACAAUCACCUGGAAACUGUUGAUUGUUUGGUGGCUCGUUUGCAUAAUGCGAUGGAGGACUAUAAGCGCCUUGUCCGUUUCGGGAUUGAAAGAGGAAAGGACAGUUAUCCAAUCCAAGAGGUCAUUUUUCAACUCCAAAAAAAACACAACAAUUUCCUAGAACAGUUGACUGGUCUUGAGGAACAUUUGUGCCUUUGUCUUGCUGCGAUAAACCGGGCCCGGUCUCUCCUCCUUAACUAUUUUCAUCUUCAUCAACAUCGUUCUUCAUAGUUUGUUUUAACACAUAACGGGCCUUCCAAAUGCUAAAGACACCUCUGUUGCCGACGAUAUUGUAUUGAUUGAUCAGACACAAUCGGGUAUUAAAACAAAGUUGGAAAUAUGACGACAAACAUUAGAGAACAAGAGUUUAAGAUUGAGUCGAAGCAAGACUAAGUACAUGGAGUGCAAGUUUGAUGGAGGUAGAAGCGGUGGUAAUAGCGAAAUUACUCUAGAUGGUGAGGAAAUAUUGAUUAGUGAUAUGUUCUGUUGGGAUCCAUAAUUCGGAAGGACGAUGAGUUAGAUGAAUAUGUAUCCCAUAGAAUCUUAACAAUGUGGAUGAUCUUACUCAUCAACUUAUUCAUCAACUUACCCCACCAUAAUUUCCCUCCUCUUUAUCUCUCCAACUGGAAGUAUCCAGUUACUGGAGAGGAUCCAAACUCAAUCUUUAUUAAGUUUUUGUACUCAAUUUUAUUCACCCCAUGUUAUUUUCGUUUGUUACAA